AAUCACAACAAACAUGGCGGCUCGGAGCUACAGAAAUACGAACUGAAAUGAAGAGGCUGAAUAAAGAAUACGGUAUUGAUUACAGAUAUUGAAUCAGACAUAUAAUUUUUACUGCUGUAAUGAUUGUAUGGGAACAGACAGUCCGCUUUUUUAACGUACCUCAGCCUCUUCUGUUCAGAAUAAUAACAAAACAUUAUCUCCUCAGGCUGAGAGCUUUAGUUAGCAAGCUCAUCUAACUGGCUAACUAAGUAUAAACUGAAUGAAAUGGGUAACUAGCUCAACUACAAUGCCAGUUUUGAGUCCUAGCAGUAGCUAUGGACACCAAAGAGCUCAUAUUCUACGCUAUUCAAAUAGAAAAACUACAAAAAGGUUGCAAUUAUGAAGAAGUUUCAUCUCUGCUUGCAGACUUGAGCAACAGUCCUGUAACAUUAGAGCAGCUGCAGACCACUGACAUCGCCAAGACCGUUUAUCAGCUAUUAAAAUCAUGUCCAGUGCAAACUAGUGUUCGCAAAACAGCAAAGGAACUGCUCUCAAAAUGGAAAGGGAUGUACAACUCAUCCCAAGGACACAGCAGUACCAAAGACACAAGUCAAAUAAAAGAACAUGGACCACCUGAAAUGGCUCAAUCUGUUCCAAGUGCUGAGACUGAAACAGUUUUGGGCCCAAAAGUUCAGCACAGUGAUGUCCAACAGAUGUCAAGUUCUGAUUCAGAUCUACCAUCUUCUAAAAUCACUGCACUUUUACUGAAGGCAGAUGAUAGCAAGUCCACAGCUUCAGUUCCAGAGAACCACAACGGAGAAGAUUCUAGGGUUCAGUCUACCAGUUCCACAGACUCCAAACCUGUGAGAACCAAGUGUGUGGAGCUUCUUAUCCAAGCCUUGAUCCCAGACCAGAAACCCACAAACCCAGAAGACACAAGACAGAUUUCCACCCUAGCUCAAGCCAUUGAACAGCACAUUCAUGCUCUCCACAGGCAAAACCAGGCAAAGUACAAGUCCUGUGUAAGAAGCAGGGUGGCCAACCUGAAGAAUCCAAAGAACCCUCAUCUUCGCCAGGGUCUUCUGACAGGAACCCUAACCCCAGAGGUUUUUGCCCGCAUGUCUGUGGAGGAGAUGGCAAGCGAGGAGCUCAGGAGCCUGAGGGAAGGAUACACUGCAGCAGCUAUUAGUGAACACCAGCUACCUCAGCAGCCUGAGGGGACGACCACCACGAAAGUGCGCUGCCGCCGCUGCCAGAGCAUGAACUGCAGGGUGACCCAGGUCUCCCGCGGGACCCUCUUUCUGCCCUCCUGGGUGAGGAGUGGAAAUAACGACGAGGACGCCAUGACCUUCAUGACCUGUGCUGAGUGCGGGGAGCAGUGGUACCAUAGUCGCUGGGUAUGCCUCUAAUAAAUAAGCCUAGCAUUGACUGUGGGCAGGUUGCAUGACUGCUACAGUGGCCCAGAGAGUCUGUACAUCCUAAACAGCUAUGUUUACAUUCAAAAUAUUUUAUAUGUAUAAAAAUAUUGAAUAAAAUAUUUACAUAACAAAA